ACGCAGUGGAUGCAACUGAGACCGUUUGCACUGGAACUGGUUUUAUGGGGAGUGAUACCGCGGCUUUACUGGCUGAAAUAUGUAGUAAGAAAGAUGAAUUUGAUGAAAAAAGCAAAUUAGAUAUUUCUACAAAUACAAAAUCUCCAGCUUCUAGUGAAACACGGGUUUCUUCCAAGUCUCGGAAAAGGAAGCCUGAUAACUCCGUGAAAUCAAGUAACUUUCAGGCAGUACAACCUGAUGUUAGUGUGUCGGAAGACUCUUCCGUCCCCAUUGGGAAUUCUUUGCAAACUGACAACACUUCAAUAGAUUUGAGUUUUGAAGUUAAUACAAGAGAUAACUCGCAUAACACGAGCAGCACAGUAACUGUUUCAUUUGAGGAGUUCUUAAAAAGUCAAGAAGAGGCAACCCAAGAUGUCACAUCUGAUUCCAAACGCAUAGAGACUGAUUGUCCUGAAAAUGAUAGCACAGGUAAUUCUGCAGCAUCUGAAAACCGUGAGUCUGCUCCUAACACUAUGACAGUCCAUGCUCAGAUUCAUCUCACACCUCUAUUGCACAGUGCUAGUACGAAAAAUAAAAAAUCCAAGAAGAUUGCGGCAAUAUUCCUGAAAAAAGGAGACUUGGACGCUAAAGAUAACCAACAUUCCUCUGAACCUGAACAAGCUGAUCACGUGUUCCAGAAAAGAAAAUCAAAUGUGGUUAUAUUGGAGGAGGAUUUAGAAUUGGCUGUUCUUGAGGUUGAAAAUGGUGAACCUUUAAAGCAGAAGAGUACUGAGGCAGAGAGACAGCAGUUCAUGAAAGCCUUCAAGCAACCUGGGGACAUGCCAAAAUGCACAGGUAAAAAAAGCCUGGGGAAAAAGAAAGAUUCAGAUGAGGUAUUGACACCAGUGGCAUCUGGUUGUGAGAAAAGGCAUGAUUCUGAAACUGAUGUGGUUGUGCUAAGCACAGGGAAAAAAGAGGAAAGCCAACAGAAAAAGAAGUCAGGGGAACAAGUCACUAGUUUGAAAUUAAAGAAAAGGGUGAAAAAAGUCAAACCAAAUACUGAUGCAAAUACAGAAACAAAAACACAAGUCAGUGAGAGAAAAACCAAAAAGACAUCAAGCACCCCCACAGAUGAGCAGUCAGUGUCACCAGCUGUUGGCACUGGUUUACGGAGGAGUACCAGGUAUCGUAAAUCUGACACAUCCCCUUUAAAGUCACCUUUGCAAGAAACUUCAAAAGUGGACGCUCCUGUCUUGAUGUCGACACCAAAGGUGAAAACACCUUGUCGAAAAGGUGAUGUGUACAGAGCUGAAGUUAUAACCAUACCAUCUGACACAGAGUCCCCAAUUAGGUAAGCACGAUGGUUUGGUUUUGUUGAAGGACAGAAUGCUGGAAUAAUUAUCAUUGGAUUUAUUUGUAUUUAAAAGUAUUUCAAAGCUCUCAACACUGAAAUAUCAAUUAGAAUUUCUGUUUCUACAGGUGUGGUGAAAUGUUAACCGCAUGAUAAAAUAUUCUAUAUGCGUCAUAAUCCUAAAAUGUGCUCAUUAUAUAUUUUGUUUCAAAAUAUCUAAAAAUAUUGAAUCGACCUGAUUCUCCGUAAAUGUAUAAAAAGGCAAAAGCCAAGUUUGAACUAUUGUUCUAAAGAAUAAAUGUUUUGUUUAAUAUGCGUUACGUUCUUCUUGUUUAGGAUGAGAUUUACAAAGCUUACCAGGAGACGUUAUAAAGGCCAUUCAGCAGAAGAUGAGGUGUUUACCCCAAAAAGUAAAAAGGUAACUGAUAAUGAGGCUUCGUCUAACAUUGUUUAAUAUAGACGUCCAUUGAUUCACUUUAAGUGCAAGUAUGAAGAAAGGAUGAAACUGAGGUGCUUUGCUAGUAAUAACAUUUUACCAUCACAAAAAAAUAAAUUGCUGCCUAUUGUAUAGAUUCUAUUCCCAUUAAGUGUUCGGCUUUUAAAUUGUCAAAAUGUAGUUAUAUGGAUACUAAGCACCAAGACAAUGUUGGCUUAAAGGGAUACUCCAGGCACCCAGACCACUUCUGCCCAUUGGAGUGGUCUGGGUGCCAACUCCCACUCCCCUUAACCCUGCAACUGUAAUUAUUAGAUUGUUUUCCUGGCACUGGAGAGUCCCUUUAAUGACAUAGGGUUUUGGUGUGUAGAUGGUGCCUCUGCAGUUUCACUGCCCAACUCUGCCAUUUAAUCCUCUGGUUACUUUGUUUAUACAACCCUAGUCACACCUUCCAUGCACAUUUCCUGGAAAGACCAAUCUAAUGUUUAAACUUAAUUUUUUGCACAGUCUGUUUAGAGUAAAGUUUAACAGAGCAGGAGAUAAACUGUACAGUCACAUCUGAUUAGAAAUUAAACAAUAUUUUUCCUCAUGCAGUCUGAAUGAAAAUAUAUAUUUAUUUAUUUUUUUCUUUCAUCUCUAGAUUGUAAACUCUUUUGAUCAGGAUCCUCCUCCACCUAUUGUUCCAGUAACAUUUUGUAAUUCUCAUUUAUUCUCCCUUUUAUAAUAUUGUAAAGUGCUACCGAAUAAGUUGGCACUAUAUAAUUACCAAUAAUCAUGUAGAUGGAGCAUGUGUGGCUAGGGCUUCAUGAACAGAAACAUAAAUUAUUCAAGUCCUAAAUGGCAGAGAAUCCUUUAAUCCCCCCUCCAUUCCUUAUAUUACCAUUCAUUUAAACCCCCCUCCUAAAUAAAGAUUAAGGAAUAACACACAAUAGAAAAAUGAAGAAAUUUUUUUUUCAAAGCUAUCCGAAAGGAUAAAAAUGGGGAUUCAGUUAAACAACAUGGCAAUAUCAUGUUAUCCCGAUCCCCAUAUUUUUGAUUAUUAAGAUUGGUGAUAUUAAGUAGCCUUUUAAAACUAUUAAAUGUUUUUUUUUUUUUUUUUAAAUUCAAUGUCUGUGCUGGUUUUCUAUAUUUUGUAUAGAUGUCAGUUGUCCAAUCUUGCCCCUACAGCUCAUUAGAGUAUAAUUUCUAGAACCUCAUGAAUGCCCAAGGCCUAUCAUAUUCACGCAAAUAUAUAUGCAUGAAUAUUUCUCUCAAUUUUUUCAUUCUUUUUUGGAAGCAGAAAUUUUCCUGCUGGAGGGUGCAGGAGAAGUAUAAUUGUGCAGGUUUACAAAACAAGGUUUAGUUAAUUAGAUUUGUAAUCGAACGGUCAUGGCGUCUAAACUAUUACUAGAGAAUAGUAUAGUCUACUUGUAAUAAGAAAAUAUUAUCUAAAGCAUUGGUACAGUUUAAAGAAUCUGUUAAUAUAUUAAGUAUUUUUUUUUAAUUAUUAUUAAUUAUUGCUUAGGUUUCUGUCCACGCUAAGAAAUUGAUUGAAAAAGCAAAGGCAAUCCAGAAAAAUAUAGCCACGGCUGAGACUCCUAGGAGGCGAUCAUCCAGACACUGGCCUGAAAAGAAAUCUGUCUUAGAGGUAGGGGACAAGAAUGUGUUGUCCUUACCUUAUGUUACGUUAUUUAUAUAGCGCCAACAAAUCGCGCAGCACUUUACAGUGUGUGGACGAACAAACAUGUUGUAAGCAGACAAGUUGGACACACAGGAACAGAAGGAUUACAAUGAGCUUACAUGCUAGAGGGAGUGGGGUAAAGUGACACAAAAGAUAAGGAUAGUAUUAGACUAAUGACAGUUGCAAGAGAGGAAUCAGUCGGGAGCUAUUAACAGUUUAAUUGAUACGCUUUUAUGAAGAAGUGGGUUUUUAAUAAAAAUUUUUUGAAGGAGUGGAGACUGGGUGAGCAUCUAAUGGAGGAGGGAAGAGAGUUCCACAGAAACGGUGCAGCCCUCGAAGUCUUUUGAAGGCUAGCAUCAGAGGUGGGAGUACGGACAGAAGGUAGACGUAAGUCUUCAGCAGAUCGUAAGGGCCUAGAUGGGACAUAGUUGUACUAGGGAGGAUAGAUAGGUGGGAGCAGCAUUAUGUAGAGAUUUAAACACAAGAACCAGAAUUUUAAAUUGAGCUCUCUAUCUUAUAGGAAGCCAAUAGGGACUGACAGGAAGAUGACAGGACCUUAAGUUGUAUAUUGCUUGAGACAUACCUACCACGGCACUGAAAUAGGUCUCACCCUUCCAUGAAUCCUAAAUUGCAUAAUUGCUGUAGUUGCAGUGUUUCCCAAGCCAGUCCUCAAGAACCACCAACAGUCUGUGUUUUGUCGGUAUCUCCAUUGCAAUAAAACAGGGAAAUACAUAAAUCCUGGAUUGUUGGGCCAUGAGGACUGGUUUGGGAACCACUGCUGUAAUGUACAGUCAUCACAUUGGCCAAUUCCAUGUCUGCCCGGCUCUUGUCUACUUGUUCCAUGUUUCUGUCCCUUCCUAUAAUUAAUUGGGUUGGUAGUCCGUUACUCGCCACAGCUAACUACCCGCUCGCUGACAUGCACAAAAGAUCAUUCAUUUAUAGGUUUAUAUUUUAUAAUUUAAUUGCAGGCUCCUGCUAAUAAUAUAGAUAUUACCAGAGAGAGACCCUCUAAAUCGGCAAAGAAAAAAAAUCUCAGGAGCUUAAAUGAUGUGUUGGGAAAGAAGGCUAAAGUUAAGAAUUGUGAUAUUUCUUCUGGUAAGAUAUAUAUUAUGCAUCAACUUUUAUCACAAUGCAUUGUUGCGUUUAUAUCUGUAUGAAAAUAAUUGUGUGUGUGUAUAUUGGUCAUUUUGUGAAGUAACGUCUUAUGUGAAGAUUAAGCACUGUAAUCCAUUUGAAAUAUGUCUUUGUGAGAUUGCAAUUUGUUUUUUCUUUCCAGGGAAAAGGAAAUCUAGUGUUAAAAAUCCUUCCCUCAUCACAGUCAUAGAUGACAGGUAAUAAAAUAAAGGCAGUCCCAAUAUUGCAUUUUAAUAAUGAUCGUGGCUUCUAUUGUGGUUGGUUGAUAGCCGCGGCCCGCAUGGGCAUAUGAAAGAAAAAAGGGCACUCUUCUCGACAGAAAUGAUUGGCUGAAAGUGCUGGGUUGGGGAUAGCCCAAUGCUCUCAGCCUCAUUGCAGUCGUGGCUGGACAGAAUUCAGUGAUAACGCAGACGUGUAAAUUAUCAGUGUGGCUGAAGAGUGGCUUUGUCUCAGUGUGAUGUGGAGUCCCGGAUUUUAUAAAACCACUCCUAAACUCUUUGCAAAAACAACUAUUCAGGGGACAACGUCCAGAGACUAUUGGUGACUUAAUGUGUUUCUUUUCUAUGAGCUUCUUGACUUAUCAAAACCGUAAAUGUCAAAGUACCUUAAUUAAAGCGUCACCCUAGCCCUAUAAUAACUACUUAUCAAUUAAUUCACUUAUAUAAGAAAAAUAAACGUUAGGAAGGCUUUAAAGUAAAUGUCAGAGGUAAAAUAUUUUCAGUCUGUGUUUUCACUAGUUUAAUGUGUUUAGAUAAACUUUUAAAAAUGUAUAUUUUUGUAUAACAGAUAAUGUAUAUAUAAUUUUUUAUAUUAAAUCUUUUUAUAAGUUUGUACAAUAAAAAUAAUUUGAAAUAAAAUGUUUAAAAUCUGAGUGUGUACCCUUGCGCACUGUCCCACAUGCUACCUGUUAUGUGGCCUUUCCUAGGCCACUUUGUGUAUUUAUCAUUAUGUCCUUUAAAAACAACCAUGCUUGUUCUAAUGGGCUUUGACUUGUAGUUAUGGCAAGUAAAUACUGAACUUGUACUUCCUGUUUUAGUUCAGAGGUGUCUGAAAGCUCUGAGGACAAUGAACAAUUCAAAGCAAAACGUGAGUUUCUUAUGAGCGGCUUACCGGAUUCCUUGAAGAGGCACAUUUCUAAAACGGCAGCAUUUAUGGAAGCUUACUCCUUGUCAAGUUCCUCCUUCCAGACUGUUGUACACGUGCAGCAGAAAGACAGUAAGUGUUUUGAUUUUAAAUCUCCGUGGUCUAACCUAUUGGAGUUUAAGAGCUAAUUGAAGUGAACCUGUCCACUUUAACAUUACAGCAUUACAGCAACCAAGGCAGAAAAUAUAUAAUUUUAUUAUUGCUCUAACUGCUGCCCCUCUGUCCAGCUCUACCAUCCAGUAAUGUCCAUGGCUGUUACAGUAGUGUAACCCCCACCCCUUCACUUGCUCUCCUCUUCCUGUUGGGAUUGGCCCUACCUGAAGACAACCAAAGUAGUACAAAUAUAGCUGCUGGUUUCACUGCCAGUGCAUUGGCGUUGGUGCAUUCCACUGAGAGCCUGAGUGGAGGGUUCUCUUGCACUUCCUGUCACUCAGUGGCUCAUGGCUGUAGACCUUCUUUCAUUAAAGGGACAUUAUAGUGAUAGGAAUACAAAUCUAAAUGCUUAUUUGGAAAAAAACAAAUUCUACUUCUAGCCUGAAGUUUGCAAUUCCAUUUUCUAUUCACUCCGAUUAAUUGUUCAGUAAAUAAGCUUCCGCAAAGAAUAAGUUUACUAUGUGGAUUUUUACGUUUUCUGUUUGCUGACUUCCAUGUUUUCCAAUUCACAUUAGAUUUUGUAUCUCCUAGGUUGUCCUAUGUGGAAUCUUAAUAUGCCAUCCUGCCCGCGGCUAACACUGCUUGAACACAUUCGUGUUGAUAUUCCCAAUUUGGCGAAGAAUUCUCUCUCUCUUGGCGACUUCACCUCUGCGAGAACUGAGCAUUCGGUCCAAUUUAAUUCAAGCUUGGUUAGUUUGGUUUUCUACUUUUAUAUGAGCAACUGCAAUUUGAUGUUUGUGGAUCAUCAGAGCUUACAUAAUACCAGUGGUUUCUUUGGAUUUGAAAGCACAACUUUCUAAAAGUGUGAACUUUUUUUUUUUUUUAGGUUACAAGUAGAGCAGUACUUUCAGAUGUGAUCCGCAACUGUCUUUUAGAGGAAAUUUGUGCUUCCGGAGCUCUCUUUCCAGUAAAAAGAUUUCUGCAGCAGUUUCUUAAAAAGCAAAGUGAUCAACUUCAAGAGGCCAGCAAGCAAGGUUUGUUAGAGCAUUCCUGCUUAUCCUCCAAGGAUCACGCUAUGCUGUAUAACCACUAGCCCCUGGCCCUUAUCCCACAGUAAAAUGUCAAACCUUCUACAAAUCAUUUCACACUUACCUGGCUCUAUUUGGCACAUGUAGUUUAAAUGAAACUCAGUCAAAUAAUAAUAAAGAUGCCCAAAACUGAGAAAAGGACUCAUGGCAUGAACACCAGGUAAAUGUCAAAUAGUUUAUAAAUAAUUUUAAAACUUACCGUGGGAUGGAGCCAGGGACUCCUGGCACAAUAACCCCUACAGCAUGCAGCAAGAGUUAUAGUCCUUUUAAAUUAGGUGACUUUUUUUGUUUAACUAGCAAUGAUUUAAUAUAAUCAUUCUAUAAAAGGAUGCACCAUUUACAUGAUAUACAUGCAAAUCUGCUCAUAUCCCCUUGGGUUCACUCUAAAACAUGUUAUAUUUGGUUUUAAUGAGGUAUAGAAGUUUUGCUUAGAGGGAUAAUUAAUUUCUAUGUGCAUCUUGUCUUAUUUAGCUUGUAUUCGUUACUAUAAUACUUUUAUUUUUCCAGUUGACCAGUUACUAGAGAGAAAAUUAGGUGAAGUGAUACUAGUAGAGGAUUCUGAGAGUCCAGAGAAUAACAGGACUAAGCGGAAAAGGAAAGAGUCUAUUGGCACAAAGUUUAAAAGGAUAAAAUCUGCCAAUACAGAAGAGUGUUAUGACAAGCCUCUGCCCACUCCUGAGGUUCCAAAACAAAGGACAUCCAGGGGCUCACUCUCCAGAACUUCUAAGAAGCAGCAGGUGGAGAGUAAGGUUCAAUCUCCCAUUGAAGAAAAGCCCCCAGCAGUCUCUGGUAAUCACAAGCGGCAGUCUAAUUUUGUCAUUUCUUUAAUCUUUCGCUUGCAUGUGCAAUUUAUUACUUUAUUGGAAAAUAAGUGAGGUGCAUUCUGCCAAUAUUGUUUACUGGAAGGGUGAAUGUUGUGGACUGCAUUUUGAUGGAUUACUGGCAGAGGUAUUACUGAAGGCCAUCUGUUCUGUCUUCUACAUUUUGCAGCUACUGGCCAGGGUAUUGCUGUGUGAAGCUUGUUGUCACAGGCUUAUUUUUUGUGGCUGCACAGAGGGAUUACUUUGUGCUCACUCUUGGUCCAGGUGCAUUUUGUGUGUCAUAGACUACUUGGGAUAACGCAGUUAGAGGGCAAUGUUUCUGGCAGGAUGAUUAGUGGCUCUCCCUCAAGGUCUUUACUCAAUUCUUUCUAUGCAGGGUCUUUACUCAAUUCUUUCUAUGCUUUAAAGAUAAAGAACUGCAGCCAAAACAGGGAAGGUGCUGCUGUAUAACUGUUCAAACUUUGAGCACAUGUCAUUCAGCUCUGAUCAUUAUGGAGUCUGUAUCUGGAUAUGUAAGAUGGGUUUAACUACCCUGAAACAGAGGUGCACUUUGUUAAUUUAUAACAGGACUUUUCUCUUUUCAGCAGAUGUGAUCACUGAGGAUGUUCUCUGGACAGAAAAAUACCAACCGCUGAAUUCCACUGAAUUAGUCGGCAAUUCUGCUGCCAUAAAACGGCUACACAGGUGAAUAAUCUGACUUUGGAGCUUCUUUGUGUUUUCUGGACUUAUUAUGACAUUAUCUAAAUUUACUUUUUGUGUGCUAGUUGGCUGAAGGAUUGGAAAAUCCGAGCCGAAAAGGAAGAAAAAAGAAGUCGCAUAAAUAAGACGGAAAAGGAUAAAAAUGGUAUCUUUCGUUUUCAAGCGUUGUGUGGUUAACAUAUAUACAGAAGUUCUACCCAAUAUGUCAGACAGCUACCUCCUUUCUUUUUUUCCCCUUCUUGACAGUCUGACUGUUUUAUAGAUACCUGGGGCCAAAGUGACUUCACUGACAACUCUGAUAGUGAUGAUGAUGAAUCCCUCUGUAACACCAUGCUAAUUUGUGGGCCUCCCGGAGUGGGCAAAACAGCUGCAGUUUACGCCUGUGCCCAGGAACUGGGAUUCAAGGUUUGUGUAUGAUCUGUACUGUUCAAAUGUAAAGCUAGAGCACUUCUCAGCAAUUGUCUGCAGCAGGGUGAACCCUCCCUCACGAGUCAGUGGCUCCAUUAAUGAGGAGUCUCUUAUUAUGUUCUCAUAAACUUCUGUCCAGCAUGUGAGGCUGCAGCUCAGUUAUCCAUCUAUUCGUGUGUGCACAGAACAGGGAUAAAAUCAAUAUUUAGCGUUCUGGAAGUUCGAAAUUUUUCCGCUAUGGUGGCCAACUUAAGCUGCAAUGAUUUUUACAAAUCACUGCAUUCUCCGAGCUGAGUGGAUAACGUGCUAUUCUGUGCAACAUAAACUCUGUAAUAGUGCUAAGCUGCUCUAGCUUUCAACGUAAUCCUUUAAAGACCAGCCUCCACUGCUUUUGGUGUUGUGUUGUGAUGGCAUGUAUUGUUUUUGUCUAGGUAUUUGAAGUGAACGCCUCUUGUCAGCGCAGCGGAAGACAGAUUUUAACUCAGCUUAAAGAAGCCACACAGUCUCAUCAAGUAGAUCAGCAGGGCGUUAAUGCUCACAAGCCUUGCUUCUUUAACAGUCACGGUACCACGAAGUCUCCAAGUAAGUUAUUUAAUUGAAGGCACUACCUAGUGUAUCCAGCAGGGGAAGUAAAGCAUCACGUUGACAUAUUACUGGUUACAUAUAAAACAAGACAUUUAGUCUGUAAUCUGAGUGAAGAUUAGACUUUAUUUACCAAAUCCUGUUCCUUUUUGAGAUACUGAGAUAAGAUAUAGUCUGGUGACUUUGUGCUCUGUAGAAUGUGUGCAGUAUAAAUAAUUUGACUAUUAAUAGAGAUACAGGUCAGAGAAGAUAGUUAAUUCUAUAGUAUCUAUACUGGACAUAUUGACAUUGUCUGGAACACUGUUUCUGACCUUUCCUGUGGAAAUAGUGCUUGUAAUUGACAGAUUUACCGUGCUGUUUUUAGGAAAAUUUAACUCUCCAAAGCAUGUGAUCUCAUCGCCAAGGAAACCUCCUGGGUCUCCUAGAGGAGCUGGAUUCAGGAAAGGGUUGGCUCCUAAAUCUUUGGCAAACUACUUCAAGGUUCCUGUGAAGCAAAAAAGUGACAAUUCUAAAACCCAGGAAGUUUCCAGUAAAUCAGGUGUGUAUAAUUGAAUAUUUCUGAGACAGUUUUGUGUUCUGCGUAUAGCAAUUUCAGAAAGAGGAAAUCAUUAAUACUAGUCUGCAGAGUUCGUCACCUACCCCCCUUUUUUUUUUUUUCAUUUAACAUAGUAUCACUUUUUCUCUCUCUAUUCAAGAAACAAUAGUUGUGGAGGAGAGUGCAAACAAAACUAAUAAGAAUCAGGUACCAGCUACAGAGAAAGGAAAUGGAUCUGAUGAAUCUCAGCGAAAAACUGCCACCUCCCUUAUUCUCUUCGAAGAGGUAAGUUUUUGUUCUGAGGUUAAAGAGCGAAUAUUGUAUUUGGACAGUUUCCAACAUUAAGGAGAAAAUCAGUUUACAACGAAACACAGCCAUUAUAUAAGGUGCAACAGUGCAUGUGGCAGGCAUCAUCAGCCUGCUGAAAUGGGAGGGAUAAUAUCAUGAGAUAAGGAAACAGGUCGAAGGAGAUUAAUCUAAUAUGUUUCUAUUUUUCCUGUUAUAAAAGUAUUGUUAUAGGCCCAGAAUUACUAAAGGCACAUACAUAGUUACAUAGGCUGAAAAGAGACAUGCUCCGCCUUUCUCACAUCUGUUUUUGCUGUUGAUCACACUGUAAUUACUAUAACAAUUGUAUCUAAAUUGGUUUUAAUGCUUGGAGUCUUCUGGUGCUAUCCUUAUAUUUACAGUUAAUACAUUUUUGUGCAGUUUAACAUUAGUUACCUGGCUAACACAGCGGUUACUGGGUGUAUGGUAAAGGCAGAGAUUAUACACUUCUAGCCACACCAAUUUAUAUCGGCAAUGGGUGCUGUAAUAGGCUGAAAGCAGUCAGCUGUUACUCUCAGCCAAUCACAGCUGCCUAAUGCUUCCUCAUUAACCGAAGCAGCACAAAGAGGAUGAGCUGCUGGUGACUCUCGUUUAGCGUUAAAACAUUAAAAACUAUUUCAUGCUCCAUGGAAGAAUGGCUCAAGGAAACUCCAGACACUAUAACCACUUUAAAGAGAUGAUGCAGUUACAAUGUCUACAGUAUCUCUUUAAGUAACUUAAAUCUCCGUCCCACUUGUCAUCUUGUAUAUUUUCUUUUUAAUAUCAUUGAAGGGAGGCUGCUACACCAUUACCAUCAGAAUAUUGUACUGCUUUUUAGUGGUCAUGGUGUCUAGUAAGCUGUCUCUGAAAACUUGCAUUUAAAAUGAUCACUGUUUACCUGAAUUUCCAUGUCAUCUCAGCACUCCACUUUCUGACGUUGGAUGGGACGUUUAGUGUCCCCUCUGUAUUUUCUUCAUGCGCAUUGGCAGCUUGUUCAGAGUCAGUCUGUUUCACUUUCAGUAGCUGCUCUGUGAGUGCACAUACUGUAUAGAUCCCUUCCUGGCUCAGUUCAGAGAGUUGUGAGCCAAGCAUACUCUAUGCAAGAAUUGUGAGUUGUGAGCAAGAAUUCUAUUGAACAGAAACUACAACUGAACUGACCUAAACCUUGUGACAUUGCUCAUUAAGUGUUCUUGCAUAGCAAGACCACUUAAUGUUCUCACAUAUAUAUUAUUAUGAUAGCCAAAUUUACCACCCUAACUCCUCCCACAGGUUUUACACUACAUAGACAGAAAUAUACUGAAAUGUGCGGAUUGUUCCCGAAUGGAUUGCUAUUACUUUGUGGAACGUUUCGCCAAAUGGUUCACUGAAUAUCGUCGUCCUUGUGGCGAAAUUGGUCCCAAAGGAAUGAAUGGCAAAAUGUUCAAAACUAGAGUGGGAGCUGGCAAAAGCUGAAAAAUCAGGACAUGAUUUCUAAACUGCCACCACUCCCUCAUUUUCAAGCCCAUCUACACAAAUCUUAUAUCAAAACAUUUAGCUAUCCCUGCUGCCACUAAACAUGUCCACGGCUAAGCCAUAGUCCUUAUAGUUUUCACAAUAUGACCAUUUGUUUGCAACUCACGCCAUCCAUUGACAUUCAUUGAAACUCCACUCUAGCCAGCCUAAAUUUGAAGGGCAAUUUCUAAACUGCGACUGUGCCUUCAUUUAUAAUAUUUCAGAGACAUACUAUGCAAAACGUAGGUCUGGGUCUUGUGAUUCUCACAAUAUAAAGCUCUUCGCUGUUCGCUGUAGGAUGUAUAGUUUUUAAAAUACGACCGUUUGAAGAUGGCAACCGCCAAAAUACUCUGACCUUUUUGCAGGCUGGAGCAGCAAGUGAUGUCAUAGACAGGGCCUUUUGUACACCUGCUGAUUUUUUUUUUUUAGAAAUGUAUGUUUUAAUGUAACUGUGACGCACUUUGGGCAACAACGUUGCAAUUAAAUGUGCUAUAUAAAUAAAUAAGUUAUUCUGCCCACCCCAGUUGUAGACUACUGGUGGAGGCAAGAACACUUCACACAAUUUCCCCAGAAAUUGUAGCUUUUCUAGUGAUUUUAUUAUUUAUAUAGUGCCAGCAAAUUCUGUAGUGCUGUACAAUGGCAUAAAAGUACUUGAACUGCUGAAUACAGUGUUUGGAGUGUCACUUUAAAUACAUAUACUUUAACUUUCUCUCCUUUCGGUUCAUAAAUUGAUGUUUUCGCAGGUCGAUGUUAUAUUUGAUGACGAUUCAGGAUUUUUAAGUGCGAUCAAGACAUUCAUGGCCACAACAAAACGACCUGUAAUUCUCACUACAAGCGGUAGGUAUUGAGACAAAUUAGAGAUUUCGGAAAUCGACAACAUGUGCUUCAAGUCAUGUGAAAGUAUUCCUUGUCCGCCUUUUUAAAAACCUUUUAGUUUUACAAUAAACAGCCCAUUGUGAGGCAGUGUGGCACAUUUUGUUUAAUGUUUAACAUUUGAUGUGGGGUUAAAUCUCCUUGACACACUAGUUAGAACACUGUUUUCUUUUUAAUGCCUUUACCAUCCAAUCUCCAUCAUUAAUGCACUAUUGAGAAAAAAAAACAUAAUGUCCACUUUAGUUUUUAAACUUUUGUUUCUCCAUUAAUGGAUGAUGUCCAGUUGAACAAAAUGUGUACACUGGUGAGUGACCAGAAUGUGAAAAGCAGUGGGUUAAAGCUAAACUUAAGUAUCAUGGAAGUUGUAGUUUUGAAUCCUGGACAGACCACCUUGGCAGUAAGGGUGCCUUUGUAAAACACCUAACGAUAUAGAUCUGCCAACUUCAAAUUCUCAUACAUUGUAAGCUUGUUUAAGCAGGGAAAUGUUCACAUCUAUCUCCUUUCCGUAAUUGUAAAGUGCUGCAUAAUAUGUUUGCACUAUAUAAAUAAAAAUCAUUUUAUAAUAGCUGGUGGGUGGGGUCUACCUUUUGACUACUGCUGGUAUAACUUGACCUGUAGCAUUGUACAGAGAGAUAUACAAGAUGUAAGAGGUGAUUUAAAUUGUACGUUAAAACUGAUUUACAUUUGUACAUUCUUUUAAUUCUUGCAUUUUAUCCAUCUAGAUCAUACAUUUGAUUUGAUGUUUGAUGGAAUUUUUGAAAAAAUUGUAUUCCAUACACCAUCGAUUGUAAGUAUCUCUUUAUUUAAAUUCUUUAUUUUGGUAGUGCAUACAUGAACAAUACGCUUGCAUAGCCACGACAGCUAUAGCAAGCUGCAAUCAAUAGAAUAGUAUAACAAUAGCAUGGCAUGUGAGUAUCGGCACAAUUUUUUUAAAAAGGUUAUAUAAAAGAUUCAACAUAAUGCAGCCACUGAAAAUAAGAUAGAAAAAGAGCAAUUUCAAUCCUGGUCGUAUGGUUAGUGUCGGCGUAUAUGCUUAUGGACUGGAGUAUGCCUACAGUGGAAGGCAAGGUGCAUGCUUAUGUGCCUCUUGAGUCAAAAGUGAAAUGGGACCCUGUGUUCUGAGGGAGUAUAUUAAUACGCCCGUGUUGUGGAUCAGUUAGAAAUUCCAGUUAUAGGCCGUGUGUAAGGUCGUAAGGCCUUGUGGACAGAGAGGGCUGUGCACGGCCUAGAUUGUCGUGUGAGUGAGAGGAUAAAAGAGGAUACUGACGUGCAACCUGGUAGUGUAUUUGUGCAGCUCCUAAUUAGUGAUCUCGUGGUAGAGUAAAUGCGUUGGAGCUGGGGGGGUUUUGGUAUUAAAGGGAGCCAAUUAGUCCGGGUUCUGCCCGGUUCGGCGGCAAAUAAAAGCCGUAUAGCAAUCCUGCUAUGUGUGUGUAGGGGUUUCUGGGUUACCCCUCAAUAGGGCCUAUGCCCUGGGAGUAAACUUGUACGUUUACAGCGGUGUGUAUAAGAGGGAGAACAUUAACCCCUUAAGGACUGGACUGUUUUUGCGAUGUUGUACAUUUGCGACCAGGAAUAUUUUUACACUUUUGUGGUGUUUGUGUUUGGCUGUAAUUUUCCGCUUUCUCAUUUACUGUUCCCAUACAAAUUAUAUAUUGUUUUUUUCAGGACAAAAUGGGCUUUCUUUACAUACCAUUAUUUAUAUAAUCUCAUGUAUUUUAAUUUAAAAAAAAUACAAAAAUCUGAUGAAAAAUUGAAAAAAAUACAUGUUUUUUGACUUUUACUUGAAAAAUCUUUUACUCAUCUACAAAAGCGAAUGAAAAAAACUGCUAAAUAGAUUCAAAAUUUUGUCCUGAGUUUAAAAUACCUAGUGUUUACGUGCUUUUUUGCUUUUUUUUGCAUGUUAUAGGGCUAUAGGUACAAGUAGGAUAUUGCGGUUUCAAAACAUACAUUUUUAAAAUUUAUCAAUAGUGACAUUGUAACACUAUUAUCUGUCAUAAAUCUCUGAAUAACACCCCACAUGUACAUAUUUUUUUUAAAGUAGACAACCCAGGGUAUUCAAUAUGGGGUAUGUCCAGUCUUUUUUAGUAGCCACUUAGUCGAAAACACUGGCCAAAGUAAGCAUUCAUAUUUGUUUGUGUGUGAAAAAAGUAAAAAAACUAAAUUGAACGCUAAUUUUGGCCAGUGUUUGUGACCAAGUGGUUACUAAAAAAGACUGGACAUACCCCAUUUGCAAUACCUUGGGUUGUCUUCUUUUGCAAAUGGUAUGCCAUCAUGGGGGUAAUUCUCAUUCCUGGGCUACCAUACGCUCUCAAAGGCAACGUAACCAACCUGGCCAUUUUCAAUGUAAAAAUAUUUGACCCAUAUAUUUGACCUUGUAACUUUCAAAAAUGCUAUAAAACCUGUACAUGGGGGGUACUGUUUUACUCGGGAGACAUCGCUGAACACAAAUAUUAGUGUUUAAAACUGGAAAACGUAUCGCAACAAUUAUAUCAUCAGUAAAAGUGCUGUUUGUGUGUGAAAAAUGCAAAAAAAGUAACUUUCACUGACAAUAUCAUCACUGUGAUAUGUUUUACUGUUUGAAUCACUAAUAUUUGUGUUCAGUGAAGUCUCCCGAGUAAAACAGUACCCCCCAUGUACAGGUUUUAGGGUGUCGUAGAACGUUACAGGGUAAAAUACAGUGCUAACAAAUUAAUUCUCUGGAAUUUCGGCCUGGGUUGGCAGGCAGGUCCCUCAAAUUGCAAUCAAUAAAAUUACUGAAUUAUGUAAAAAUAUUACAUAAAUACGCUCGUAGAAUUUAAAUAUAUAUGCAUAUUUAUAUAUUUGAAGUCUACGUGUAUAUUUAUAUAAUUAUUUAUGUAAUUUUGUAUAUGGACAUAUGUAUAUUUCUUAUUAUUUUUAUUUAUUUUUAUAUACAUAGAUAUAUAUACAAAUUCAUUCUAAGUGUAUUUUGAUAUAAAUAUAUAUAUAUUAAUUUUAAAAUACAGUUAGAAUAAAAUUUCAUAUAGCUAUAUAAUUUUUUUUAAAUUUUUAUUAUUUAAAAAAAAUUAUUUUAUUUAAAUUACUUAUUAUUUAUAUUUUUUAAUAAUAUAUAUAAAAUAUAUAUAGUUAUUAUAUAUAUUAUAUAUAUACGUGUGUAAUUUAAUUAUAAGUGUAUUUUUAUAUUAAUAUAAGUACAUAUUAAUAUAAAAAUACACUUAGUAUGGCAUUAUAUAUAUAUGAUAUAUAUAGACAUAUAUUAUAUAGAUAUAAUAUAUGUCUAUAUAUCAUAUUUAUACAUAUAUAAUUAUUAUUAUUUUUUUUAUUACCAUUAACUUUAAUUUUUUUAUUGAUUUUACUCUAGCAGGGAGACUGCCUGUCAGCACAGACAGUCCCCCUGCAGGCAGCACUAUGGACACCUAUUGUGACCAUGUGAUCGCUGUGUUAAGCGAUCACAUGGCCACAGGGGUCCUAAUCUGCCGUGGGGAGACUGUCUGGGCUGUAGGCAGUCUCCCCACAACCGGAGGAACACUGAUCGCCGCCGGGGGAACGACGGCGAUCAGGUAAGUACCCCCAGACCGUUUGGACGGUUCAGGACCGUCAUCGGUCGGCAAGGCAAAAAUGCCGAUGACGGUCCUGAACCGUCCUCGGUCCUUAAGGGGUUAAAACUAAACAGAAAGCAAAACAAGAGUAACUCAAAAGUCCCGGUUCAGGUAGUCUGCUCUCCGAGCGUUCUCCUGGAUGCUGGAACAAAUGGGACAACUUUAGUCGGAUCCCAGGUUGUAGCGGUUGAAGAUGGCCGUAGUCCCAUGUCGGUCAAGACAGUGUCCAUUUCUGCGACGUCCGUCGCUUUAUAUUCCUUGCCUUGGUGUUGGAUGAGGAGUAUGUGUGAUGGUCCCCAGCGAUACUUCACUCCCUUAGCCGUCAAUGCCGCUGUAAGUGGUCGGAGAGAUUUCCGCCAUUGCAGUGUUGUGCAUGAGAGGUCGGAAUAGAACGUUAAGUCCAUGUCCUCAAAGCGGUAUGGAUUUUGUCCCCUGAUGGAGCCCAUUAAGGCAGUUUUGUCUUGCCCAUUUUGAAAUUUGACCAGAAGGUCACUUGUCGCUGAAUUUGCAAGUUGUGUCGGCUUGGGUAAGCGGAACAUGCCAUCUAGCUGCACCCCUUUAGCUUGUUUGGGGGACAGGAGGGCUGUGAAAAGCCUUCUGAGUAGGUGGGGAAGUUCGGCUGGGGCAAUUGCGUCUGAGAGGCCUCUGAUUUUAACAUGCUUCCACCUCCUUUUGUCUUCCAUUGCUGCUAGUUGGUGGGUGAGUGUGAUGUGGGCUGAGGAGAGGUCUUUGACCUGAUUCUGCAGCUCUGUUAUUUGUGCUGUUUUGUGCCUGGGUGGAUUGCUCCACUGCUGAGGCGAUCAGUGAACCCCUUUACAUCCUCCCUUACCUGGGAGAUCUCUGCAGAGAGCGACUGGCGUAGGUCAGUCAGGAGAGAGGUAAGAAUCUCCGUAGUGAUUGGGGUGUUGUUUGAGUUUAGGAGGUCCCUUGUACCCCAGUGUCUCAGGGCAGUGGAGGGAUGUGUCGUCCGAGCUUUCUGAGAAAUCCUCAUAUUCGGCCGCCAUGUUGGGCGCCGCCGCGCCAUGCGGCCUCCUCAGUAAAUCGCCGAUAUCGGCCGUAAAUCGCGGGCGAUCGGGCCGCGGCUUUUUGGUCUUUCUCCCCAUAUCAGGGGGAGUAGUUGCAGGCCGUCUGUUACCAGAAGGGAGAGCUUUUGGGGUCUUUUUCGUCCGGUUUUGGGCUGCGGUCGGCAGAGAGCAGGAGAAGUGCGACCGUUCAUGCCGAGAGCUGGCUCCGCCCCGUAAGUAUCUCUUUAAAAGAUUGCAAAGUGAAGUUGUUAUUGUUGUUGAUCUGAUUAUGACUGUUUAUUGCAGGCCAAUGUUGCCAGCUAUCUCAGAGUACUCUGCUUGGCUGAAAAUCUCCGGACAGACUCUAAAGACUUUGCUACGUUUUUAGCUGCCAAUAGAUGUGACAUUCGACAGAGUGUUCUUCACUUACAGUAUUGGGCUACAAGUGGAGGAGGCGGCUUGCAAGAAAAGCCACUUGCAUUAAGUUGUAAGUAAACAUAAAAAUUUCUGGAUUUUGCUAUAAAAAUAAGACUUACAAGUUCACAUUCCUGAGACCAUGCACUGCUUCAUAAGCUAAAACAUACAGAGUAAAGCCCACUACUGUUUCAGUGUGUUUCACAGCAGUGUUUCAUUUUUCAUCUUCCUGUAUGAAUAUUGGUGACUGACUUGAAGAAACCUGACAAUUGCUAGACCAUGUCACACCUGUUUGCUAAAGCCGUUUUUUUUAGUCUCUUACACUUCGUGCAUUUUGAAACCAGUAUCAGUGAUUUUAAAGGGAUACUCUUAGUACCGAAGUAAGUUUAGCAUAAUAAAGCAGUUUUGGUGUGUAGGUCAUUCCCUUGUAGUCUCACAGCUCAAUUCUCUGCCAUUUAAUACUCAAAAGCUUUAUUGAAGACUUAUGUCAGCAUAUUUUCAUAGUGUACGUAAGACUCGCAGGUCUGGAUAUUGGAUUAUAACGAUAUGGCCGCACAGGGCCCAUCAGCUCAAUAUGUUUGAACAUGCAUACAAUCCCAGUUAACUAAGCUUUAACAGUAUUACAUGAAACUUUACGUGUUAUAUGGGGUGAAGGUGUGUACUACCUGUGUUUUUCUUUGGCAAAUAUAGCUGAGAUAGGGUAGUUUGACAUUUCUUGUGCCGUGGUUCCAUGCCCCUAGUGUUGUCCCAUGUUUUCUAGGUAUUUCAAUGCUUGUGUUUAGUGUGUUAGUUCAUUAGUUUGUGGUGCCAUGAUUUUUUUAGGUGUCAUGGUUUUUCAGGGCAAAGCGUGUAGUCUUCAUUCAUUUGAACGUAUGUUAUUCAGUCAGUUCUCUGCCAUUUAGAAGUUAAAUCACUUUUGUUUCUGUCCAUGCAGCCCUAGCCACACCUCACACGUUUGUGCAUGAAACAAAUUUUCAUUUUCAAUCUGCAUAGUGUGUUCACUUUAGAAGUUGUUGUUUUUUAGAUUUUAUUUAUACAUUGACAUAUUUUUUUGAUGAGUAGCAUUAGGAUAUACAAUUGGCAAAAUGCGGCCCAAGGAAGCCAAAAGCUUGGACACCCAUGGUUUAGAACAGUGCUCCUCAACCCUCUCCUCACGGCACAACUAACAGUCCAGGGAUUACCCAGAUGUGUCUAAGGUGUUUAACCCCUUCAGGACGGAGUCAUUAGUGCACGUUCUGAUCAAAACAAAACGUAAACAAAAACUGGAAUUUGCGCUAUAUGUCUGUUCAACCGUAAUUCACCGCUGUCACGUUAAGUGCACCCACACUUAUUAUAUAUCAUUUUGUUCAGGAGAAACAGGGCUUUAAUUUAUCAUUAACUAUUCAUAUAUGGAACAUAAUUUAUUAUGAAUAAAAUAAAAAAAAAAUGUGAGAAAAUAAGAUUUAAAUUUUUUUUAAAUUUGUAUUUCCGUCUGACAUUUUAGCUGUGAAUGUCAUAAUACUGUUACGUUUUAAAAAAAAAAAAAUGGACAUAUUUUUAAUCGGCGAUCUCACGAGUUUAAUAGUACCCCCCAUUAACAGGUUUUAUGGUGUUUUGGAAAGUUACAGGGUCAAAUAUAGAACGUUACAUUUUCAAUUUGAAAUUUGCCAGAUUAGUACUUUUGAGACGGUGUGGUAGCCGAGGAAUGAGAAUUACCCCCAUAAUGGCAUACCAUUUGAAAAAGUAGACAACCCAAGGUAUUGAAAGUGGGGUAUGUUUAGUCCUUUUUAGUAGCCACUUAGUCACAAAUACUGGCCAAAGUUAGCGUUCAUAUUUGUUUUUGUGUGGGAAAAAAAGCAAAAAACUAAUAUUUGGCCAGUGUUUGUGACUAAGUGGCUACUAAGAAAGACUGGACAUACCCCACUUGCAAUACAUUGGGUUGUCUACUUUUGCAAAUGGUAUGCCAUCAUGGGGGUAAUUCUCAUUCCUGGGCUACCAAUCUGGCAAGUGUCAAUGUCAAAAAAAUGAAAUGCAAGCCUUAUAUGUGACUCUCUAACUUUCCAAAACACCAUAAAACCUAUACAUGGGGGUUACUGUUAUUCUCGGGAGACUUCACUAAACACAAAUAUUAGUGUUUUAAAACAGUAAAACCUAUGACAACAAUAAUAUAGUCCAUAAAAGUGCAGUUCGUUUGUAAAAAAUGCAAAAAAGUCACUUAAAAUAUCAUCGUAAUACAAUUUACCAGUUUGAAACACGAAUAUUUGAGUUCAGCGAAGUCUCCCAAGUAACAGUCCCCCUAUGUACAGGUUUUUUUGGUGUCUUGGAGAGUUACAGGGUCAAAUAUAGUGCUUGCGAAUUAAAUUCUCUGCCCGUUCUCCCUGUGUUGUCAGGCAUGUCAAUCAAAUUUUAAUUAAUCAAAUCACAUAAUUAUGUUAAAAGAUUACUCAAAUAUACAUGUAGAAUUUUAAUCUAUAUGCAUUUAUAGGUAUUUAAAUUCUACGUGUAUACUAAUGUAAUCUUUUAUGUAAUUAUAUGUAUUUAUCUAUAUAUAUUUGCGGUUAUUUGUAUUUUAUAUAUAGAUAGAUAUAUAGAAUGUCAUUCUAAGUGUAUUUUGUUACCAAUAUAUAUAUAUAUAUUUUAACAAAAUACAGUUAGAAUGAAAUUACAUAUGAAUAUAUAAUUUAUAUUUUUAUUUUAUUGUAAUUAUACGUGUCUGUGUGUAUAUAUGUAUAUGUAAUGUUGUUCUAAGUGUAUUUUAAUACCAAUAUAUACUUAUAUUAAUAUUAAAAUACACUACGUAUGACAUUACAUAUAUGUAUAUAUUUUAUAUAUAUAUAUGUGUGUGUGUGUGUGUGUGUGUGUAUAUAUAUAUAUAUAUAUAUAUAUGUAUAUGUGUAUAUAUAUGUGUGUAUAUGUGUAUAUAUAUGUGUGUAUAUGUAUAUAUAUAUAUAUGUGUGUAUAUGUGUAUAUAUAUGUGUGUAUAUGUAUAUAUAUAUGUGUGUAUAUGUAUAUAUAUAUAUAUAUAUAUAUAUAUAUAUAUAUAAAAUAUACACACACACACACUUCUAUUUUAUUCUAAAACAUGUUUGGUUUUUUUUUUUUUUUGGUGUUUUUUUUUACUUUCUCACCAGCAGGGGGACUGUCGGAUAUUUCAGACAGUCCCCCUGCUGGCAGAUCACAUGGCCCCGGGGGGCCUGAUUUGGCAUGGGAGGGCUGCCUGGGCCGGGAAGGUAAGUAUUUCUGAGGCUCCAGGGCUCAAAGCCGUAGCGGCGUUAACGGGUUAAAAAAACAAUUAUGCGCUAUGCUGUUUUUUUUAAACACACCCGGGGGUAAUCCCUAAAUCCUGGACUGUUGUGUGCCUUGUGAAAAGGAUUGAUGAGCACUGCUUUAGAAUAAGGCUAUGUUGGCUGGUCUGAUGUUAAAUAUACUACACCUAUCAGGUUAGUGUCAUAAUGGACUGCACUUUUUUUUUUUCUUUUUUCUUUAAUUUGGAGAUAAUUAACAGCCAUAUAUGACCAUGCAUUUAGAGUAAGCCUUUAUUGACUGAACUUUAGCUGCCUAAACUGAAGAUUACCCUCUCAGUAAAGUAAUACUUCCGGAUAUUAUUUUUACACCUUUGUCCCUCUAAUUUAAGACUGUCCUCUUGUUUUGGUAGUUUUUCUUCUUUUAAAUAUGGUCUCUUCCUUUACUGUGUUGUUUCUCUUUAUGUAUUUAAAUGUUUCUAUCAUAUCCCCCCUGUCUCGUCUUUCCUCCAAGCUAUACAUGUUAAGAUCCUUUAACCUUUCCUGGUAAGUUUUAUCCCGCAAUCCAUGAACCAGUUUAGUAGCCCUUCUCUAAAAGUAUCAAUAUCCAUCUGGAGAUACGGUCUCCAGUACUGCGUACAAUACCAAGUGAGGUCUCACCAAUGUUCCGUACAAUGGCAUGAGCACUUCCCUCUUUCUACUGCUAAUAAAUCCCUAUACAAGCAUUCUGCUAGCAUUUCCGGCUGCUCUAUUACAUUGUCUGCCUACCUUUAAGUCAUCAGAAAUAAUCCCCCUUAAAUCCCUUUCCUCAUAUGUUGAGGUUAGGACUCUAUCAAAUAUUCUGUACUCUGCCCUUGGGUUUUUACGUCCAAGAUGCAUUAUCUUGCACUUAUCCACAUUAAAUGUCAGUUGCCACAACUCUGACCAUUUUUCUAGUUUACCUAAAUAAUUUGCCAUUUGGCUGAUCCCUCCUGGAACAUCAUCCCUGUUACAUAUCUUAGUAUCAUAAGCAAAAAGACAUACCUUACCAUCAGGACCUUCUGCAAUAUCACUAAUAAAAAUAUUAAAGAGAAUGGGUCCAAGUACAGAUCCCUGAGGUGAAAUAGUGAAAAGGUGUUAAUAAUAAUCUGUUACCUGGAGAAAGUAUAACUAGAAAAGCUACAAUUUCUGGGUAAAUUGUGUGAAGUGUUCUUGCCUCCACCAGUAGUCUACAACUGGAGUGGGCGGAAUAACUUUUAUUUAUUCAUAUAGCACAUUUAAUUGCAACUUUGUUGCCCAAAGUGCUUCACAGUUACAUUAAACCAUACAUUUAUAAAAACAUCCGCAGGUGUACAAAAGGCCCUGUCUAUGACAUCACUUGCUGCUCCAGCCUGCAAAAAGGUCAGAGUAUUUUGGCGGUUGCCAUCUUCAAACGGUCGUAUUUUAAAAACUAUACAUCCUACAGCGAAGAGCUUUAUAUUGUGAGAAUCACAAGACCCAGACCUACGUUUUGCAUAGUAUGUCUCUGAAAUAUUAUAAAUGAAGGCACAAUCGCAGUUUAGAAAUUGCCCUUCAAAUUUAGGCUGGCUAGAGUGGAGUUUCAAUGAAUGUCAAUGGACGGCGUGAGUUGCAAACAAAUGGUCAUAUUGUGAAAACUAUAAGGACUAUGGCUUAGCCGUGGACAUGUUUAGUGGCAGCAGGGAUAGCUAAACGUUUUGAUAUAAGAUUUGUGUAGAUGGGCUUGAAAAUGAGGGAGUGGUGGCAGUUUAGAAAUCAUGUCCUGAUUUUUCAGCUUUUGCCAGCUCCCACUCUAGUUUUGAACAUUUUGCCAUUCAUUCCUAUGGGACCAAUUUCGCCACAAGAACGAUAUUCUGUGAACCAUUCGGUGAAACGUUCCACAAAGUAAUAGCAAUCCAGUCGGGAACAAUCCGCACGUUUCGGUAUAUUACUGUCUAUGUAGUGUAAAAACUGUGGGAGGAGUUAGGGUGGUAAAUUUAGCUAUCAGAAUAAUAAUAAAUGUGAGAACAUUAAGUGGUCUUGCUAUGCAAGAACACUUAAUAUUAAGUUGAUAUCCAGAUGUAGAUACUUCAUAUUAUGGUAACAGUAGUCAAAUCUUAAAAAGGGAAAAACUUCUAGCGUAGUAUUUAUUGUAACAUAGUAUGUGCAAACAUUAAAAUAUAUCCGUCACAAUAUAAAAUGGCACAAAAAGUAUAUUGCAGCAUUGCCCCUCAUGGGGGCUACUUAUCUGAGUGAGUAUCCAUUACUUUGAACCCUCAUACAAGCCCGUACAAAGGAGGGCUUUCCCCCAUUCUCCAUUCUGGAUUUGGAACUGGCAAGGCCAUAUUUUGGUGUCUUAGGACCCUUAAGACUCCACAGGACUUACUACACAUCCAAGAGGACAUUCCUUUGGAGAUAAGUGCCCCCCACGAGAGGCAAGGCUCUUUUGCACAAAAUAUUCUUUUUGUGCCAUUUUAUAGAGUUUUUUUGUUUGCACAUACUAUGUUACAAUAAAUACUACACUAUAAGUUUCCCCCCCUUUUUUAUUUGACGGUUACCAUAAUAUGGAGUAUCUACACUUGGAUAUCAACUUAUUCUUGCUCCAGGUAACAGAUUUAUUAUUAACACAUUUUCACUAUUAAGUGGUGUGAUUGCAUUAUUCUGUAUUUUUUUAUUUAUUUUUUUCCGCCCAAGACAUAGGUUACACAUUGUAUACCACUUUUUUGUAAAAAAAAAAAAAAAAUACAUAGCUUUGGAAGAUUAAAAAGAAAAAAAAAAUGAAAAAAAAAAAGAUUAAAAGCAAACUUCAGCAUGUUUGCAUAGCUUUGGUGAUAGCAAGCUAUGGGUACAGUCCCCCAGUUCUGUGCCAAUUCUUUUCAACAGUUUGACACAAAAUAAGGGUCUGCCAAGAACUUAUGGCCCAGCCUCUUGCUCUGUUUUGCUAAUGUGGAAGUUACACUUCAGCAUCAGCAAUGUCCAUAUUUGGACAACAUUAAUUGGUUUAGCAAGUGGACAAUCUCAACCUACCACAGUUCAGUUAUUGACAAAAUUGAGAUUACUAAUUCGUAAGUGUAACUUCAUUAGCCAGUCAACAACUGGGGGAAACUCUGCUUGUUCCAAACGGUUUGUCCAAAUGCUUGGUAUGGCACAACAAGCCUUUACUUAUCUAAGUAAAAAGUCUUUGUCAACACCUCUUUAAGUAGGUAAAUGUGAACUGAGACUUUUUUAAACAAUUUUUAAAAUGUAUUUAUUUUUGGCAGGUAAACAAGAUGGGAAUGCUUCCGGGAAGGAUGGAAAAGAUGUUAAUCCUGAUGAUAUCCCAAAAUGUAAUUCUGGCUGUGCAGAGAAUGCAAUAGGUCUUAAUAACAUUGUUUCUCCUGCUGAAGGUUUGAUAUGUUUUGUAAAGGUGAGUCCUAAAAGCUGUAACUCAUAAAGGGCUUUUGGGCUCAAAACAGAUGUCUUAUGAAUGUUAUUCCAUGAAUCAUAAAGUUGCAUUAUGUUGGCGGUUGAGGCUUAUGACUCUGCACUGGUGCUAUAUCUUUGCACAAGAUGCAUUCUUUAAUUUAAAGGUGCAUAUUGGAUGUAAGGGGAUGGUGUAUUUGUGAGCUCAAAUAUUGGUAAGCCUGGCAUUUUAAAGGUGUUGAGAGCUUACGGGGAGGGGAGUGGCAAGUUUUAUUCCCAACUUGUUUGCCUCCUGUUUGAGUUCUGCUGUUUGAAUCUUGCUCCCCUCUUUCCAGAAUAACAUUUCUCACAUCAAAGAACAGAGCAGGAUCAUACAGCUACUCACAGAGUUUCAAACUAAGAGAAUACACUUCAUAGCAAGCAACCUGGAGUUUCUUCUUCCAUUACCGCUUCAUGUCAUGGAGUCAAAAGAACAACUUUUCACAAACAUUUCAGGCCUGGAAUCUUUGGACUUAAAGGCUGAAACUGUGGAUGAGAGUCCAAUAAAAGUAUCUGUGCAGAUGAAGCGCAAGAAACAGCUAUUCCUUCUGAACGAUAGUGAUUUGUUUGACUCAGAUUCUAUAGACGAAGUCCUCAGUUUGCCAUCAGAUAAUUUACCGCCUAAGGAAAAUGACCUGCCCACCUGUGGAACUCCAGUGAGUCUUGAACAGAGGAAGCUCACAGAGACUGAAAAGAAACAGUCGGGCUUGGUGCAUCAGUGCCUGGGGUCUGUUGCAGAAUUUGUGGAUAACAUGUCAUUUUUAGAUUGUUUUACUUAUCAUGCGACAGAGCGAGCAGAGUUUCGCCAUUCGCACUGGACGGAAAGCAGAAUUAAAAAUGGGCUUUGUGAUGAGCUGCGGACAGAAAGCAGUGACUGGUGGAGCGGUCACAGCUCUGUGGAGCUUAAAGCCACAUUGGAAGCGCUUUCUUUCCACAAAUGUUCCUCUGGCAUUUCAAAAGUCAUUGAUUUUUGCAAAGAAUCUGGAGAAGACCUAAGCAAAGAUUUAACAGUACAGGUAUCCAAAGAGCGUGAGACUGUAUCUUUCGGUCAGCCCUCAAUUUAUUCUGAGUAAGUCACCACUACUUGCCUCUUUUUGGACAACUUCACCAUGUGUUAUAAAGUUACUUGAAAUUUAAAAAAUGUGAAUAUAAUUUUUAUUGUGCUGGUAAUUUUACAUGAUUUUAAAUUUCUUAUACGGAGCUAGUAGGGUGCUUUAGAAAUAUUCACGAUUUAUAGGACAGCAUUGAAAAUAUUGGAUUAAAAGUAGUUAUAGCAAAGUUGCUUACAUGGCAGCUUCUAUCAGAUGGUGAGAUGGCUCAUUGUUAAUGUCAUGUAAAAGUACUUCUACUACAGUAUUUCAUUAUAACUUUUGACACACUUAAUAUGUAUGGAAAAACAUUACUGUUUAAUGCAGUUUUAUAUGGUUGGUUUACAAAGUACCGACAUGUUGUACAAUUAGUUUGGUGAAGAGACCAUAGAUCUUUAAAUAUAUGAUCAGCAGAAAAAGCACAUUCAAACCAUUUCAUUUUUCCCCCUCUGUGUGCGUUUAGUGUUGCUGAAAGGCGCCUCUCUGUGGUGAGAAGUGUACUAUCCAGUAAAUCCUUCCUAACGCUGGGUAACAGACGAGCAAAUGUUACUGAAUAUUUGCCUGCCCUUCGUAAUAUAUGCAGAUUCCAAAGAUUGAAGGAACAAGAGAAGACAAAACGAAGGUACAACACCAAUAUGUCAUUUCAGGAAAUAAUUCUGAGUCUGACUGCAUUCAUGUUGGUAUUUUAAUCUCAUUAGAACUGGUAAUCUAUUCAGGGUUCAAAAACACUGAAACUUGGAUUGCUGCAUUAGUGAUAGUUGGCCUGUUUUCUGUAUAGCUAGGCAACUGCAUACUGACAGCGAUCAUUAACAAGUACCAACAUAACUAUAACCCUGAACUAUAACCUUUCCCUCCCAUUUAGUAGAUGGCUAAAAAAAAAAAAAUCUCUUUAUUUAGUAAUAAAACAGUGUCAGUUUCUAGGGAGGGGAGCAAAAAUUUGUUUUGUUCAAUUUGACAGUCAAAUUCCUUUUGAUCCACACCUGAUACUCUAUUCAUCCCGGGAUAUUCUUAUUGCCAAACAGAUUGAUUAGUUCAGACGUGGAUUAAAAGGAAUUUGAUUCAGGCAAACCUGUUGAAACAAAUUUUUGCACCGCGCUGUGUUCGGAGACUUGAAAUCUUUAUUCCAGGCUUCACUGACAAGAACUGUGCAGAUAAUAUUCUAACCUGUGCCUGGUGGUGCAAUUUGUUUUAUCUAGUUUUUCCAUCAUCUCUUCACAGGUUUCUUCAUUAUUUCGAAGGAAUUCACCUCGAGUUACCAAAACACACAAUGAGUAGUUUAGCUGCUGACUUUCCAUGAAGUGGAUACACAUGCCAGACUGUUCCCUGCGUGAAUUUAUAAUUGGACACAGACUUCAACAACUACAGACAUUCUUUUCUGGCAUAAUGUUAAGACACAGAUGUGCAAAAGAUUUCAAACCAUGACCUGUGCUAGCAAAAAAAGCCUCCCCAAGCACAUGCUAUAUUCAGUUCUAGCAAGGGAUUGAAUGUUUUACACAGAUAUUUGUGCGUGUUUCAGAUAAAUUCUAGCUAUGCCAUGCUUCUAUUUAAGUUUGACUUAAGAUUUGUACAGUUCUCCAGGCUCUGAAUGAUAUACCACCUUUGUGUUGAUAAUGUCAUGAAGUAGUAUAUUGUCAGUAAAAUUACAAAAAUAAACCUUUGAAAUAGGACAGUCCAUGUAGAUGUAUAUUUCCUCUAUUUUGAUAACACUCAUCCUAAAAACUCUUUGCUGCCGGCACAUUUAGUGAAGUGCUGAGCUUUAGAAACGUGGCCAGUCCCACGCAGUGUCUACCUUUAAUUUGAUUCUGUCCUUUCCCUUUAAAUUUCAACCAUUUAAUGGUAAGAAUAGAAAAGGCAUAAUUAGCAAGGAUCAAGGCAUUUUACAAUAAAUCUCAUCCGUAGCAAAGAGGAAUAUAUCAUAUUAAUCUGUCACCCUUGAAUAUUUCAUAAAAAACAAAUGUUUGAGCUACUCAUUGUUUGAAUUGUAGUACGUUAAUGUGGCUCUUGGCUGGUAAAGCACAAGGCUUUGAAGAUGCUUGUUGUCACAAUGGGGCUCCUUAAAAUAUAAGACUCCUACGGGUGACAGCUGCUUAAUUCCACUAGUAAAAUGGACAAUGAAGAGUCUAUAUAGUCGGAGACCUCCUCUGAAUGUAAUAGAUGCUCCUUGUAAAACAUACUUACUGAGGCAAACUACAGUGGGUGCAAUUUUAAUUCAAUGUUUGAUAUUGAUUUGAAGUCUUCUCACUGCCUCGGAGAACUGUCCCAGAAACUUUCCUGUGUCAUAAAAAGUUUCUCUGUCCCAUGUGGAGCAUCCUGGUUACAGGACGUUUCUCCAUUAUUUUGACACUGGAAACAGCAUGGCCCCUUUCAUACACCUGAUUUCUACUCUCAUUUGUGUUACAUUUUUAAGUAUGUUUUGUGAUUAUAAUAUAUUGUGGAAUGCACUAGCCACUGUAUAGAUUUGUAAAACGAUAUUCUUUUUGUACAGAUUUGUAAACUUUUUUGUAUGAAAAUGUUUUAAUUUUUAACUUGUCUCUUGUAUGGAAGCUGGAUUUGUAUGUAAUUGUGUUAAUUAUCCCUUCUGUAAUAUUAAAGGAG